AACGUGCGGCUGCCUAUCAGUCACUCAGUCGGCUGGGCUCGGAGUUGCUAUUUCUAGGCUUGUGCUGGUUGGGUCGGGUUCAGUGCUUGGCAUUUUGUUACCAGUUUUUGCCAUGUUGUAUCAUUGCCAUUGAAUAUAUGGUUUUGCUGAAACUCCUAACUCAUCAGGCAACAAUCCGUAGUUGCUUUUCAACAUUUAUUUAUCAGGUCCCCUCCCUAAUAGCCUCACUAUUAGUAUUUUUCUUUAGUAGUGGCAGAGGUGGGCAAGCUGUCUACUACUGGAUUCCCCUGAAAAGCUUGUAAACAUACUGCUGAAUCAGUGCAGAUAAGAACUUGGCACCCUUAAACAUGGGGGGAGGAAGAGAAGUUCUAGAAUUUCACACAAGUUGGAUAUUGUGUAAAUAGCCCAGAAGACUACCAAACAAGAUAAAUCAUUGUCUCCAAGUAAAAGAAAACCAAGAUCCAUGAGUGGGCAUCGGUCAACAAGGAAACGAUGUGGAGACUCUCACCCAGAGUCCCCUGUGGGCUUUGGGCAUAUGAGUACGACAGGGUGUAUAUUAAAUAAAUUGUUUCAGUUACCAACACCACCACUGUCAAGACACCAAUUAAAACGACUAGAAGAACACAGGUAUCAGAGUGCUGGACGGUCCCUGCUUGAGCCUUUAAUGCAAGGAUACUGGGAAUGGCUAGUUAGAAGAGUACCCUCAUGGAUUGCCCCAAAUCUCAUCACCAUCAUUGGACUAUUGAUAAAUAUCUGUACAACUAUUUUAUUAGUCUUCUACUGCCCUACAGCUACAGAGCAGGCACCUCUCUGGGCAUACAUUGCUUGUGCAUGUGGCCUUUUCAUCUACCAGUCUUUGGAUGCUAUAGAUGGGAAACAGGCAAGAAGAACCAAUAGUAGCUCUCCUUUGGGAGAACUUUUUGAUCAUGGCUGUGACUCGCUAUCAACAGUUUUUGUGGUUCUUGGAACUUGUAUUGCAGUGCAACUCGGGACAAAUCCUGACUGGAUGUUUUUUUGCUGUUUUGCUGGGACAUUCAUGUUCUAUUGUGCACACUGGCAAACAUAUGUUUCUGGAACAUUGCGAUUUGGAAUAAUUGAUGUGACUGAAGUGCAAAUCUUCAUAAUAAUCGUGCAUUUGCUGGCAGUGAUUGGAGGACCACCUUUUUGGCAAUCUAUGAUUCCAGUGCUGAAUAUUCAAAUGAAAAUUUUUCCUGCACUUUGUACUGUGGCAGGGACCAUAUUUUCCUGUACAAAUUACUUCCGUGUAAUCUUCACAGGUGGUGUUGGCAAAAAUGGAUCAACCAUAGCAGGAACAAGUGUCCUUUCUCCUUUUCUCCAUAUUGGAUCAGUGAUCACGUUAGCUGUUAUGAUCUACAAGAAGUCAGCAGUUCAGCUGUUUGAAAAGCAUCCAUGUCUUUAUAUACUGACGUUUGGUUUUGUGUCGGCUAAAAUCACUAAUAAGCUUGUGGUUGCACACAUGACCAAAAGUGAAAUGCAUCUGCAUGACACAGCAUUCAUAGGUCCAGCACUUUUGUUUCUGGACCAGUAUUUUAACAGCUUCAUUGAUGAAUAUAUUGUACUUUGGAUUGCUCUGGUCUUCUCUUUCUUUGAUUUGAUUCGUUACUGUGUCAGUGUCUGCAAUCAGAUUGCAUCUCACCUGCACAUACAUGUUUUCAGAAUUAAAGCCUCUGCAGCGCACACUAAUCAUCAUUAGUGAUGUGGUUGGGGAUCUGUUAAGCUCAUGUUUUCUGCAGGAAAGAAUCCAAACGUGUUAAGGAGAAUGGGAGUGAAUGAGAACAAGUGUAAUUUAUAAUAAUCAAUGUUAUAUAACUUUCAUUCUUUGUCACUGGUAACACUCCCUAACUGUCCUGUUGAGAAUGGGAAUUUCAAGUCCCAUCCUGUAAACUGAACAAGUUGUUAAACAGGGUUUGGCUCCAGAAAGCAUGCAAGGAAAAUGCCAUGUGUUUGUGAUUAUCCUGAAUUCAGACUAACAUGGUCAGAGGAGCACAUCCCCAGUGGUGGUGAUUCUAUUGUAAAAUUUUUGCAGGCCAAAAAAUGGUUGCUCUAUAAUUUUAACAAAUCAUCAUCUUUUAGUAACACCUUGUUUAUUGUCUUCUCAGACUUUCUUUUAUAAGGAGCUCAGCUUGUGACAUACAUCCUACUAGCUUGUGAGGUGAGAGCAGUGAUAAAGACCUUAAAUUUGGAUGGAAAUGUUUCCUGUCUGUACAUUGUUGAGGAAGUGAUUUUAUUAUUGAUCAAGAAAUGGUGUUUCUCACGGGCUUGGGAAAUCUUGCUAGCAUGCAGAUAAUGUGGUAACUUUGUCAAUCCAUUUUAUUUUUUUAAAUAAAUAUAUGAUCUCAGAACCA